CUGUCGCGCAUGCGCACUCGGGUUCUGCGCUUGUCAUCAUGGCGGCGCGGGGCCAUGUGCAGGACCCUAACGACAGGCGGCUGAGACCGAUUUACGAUUACCUGGACAAUGGGAACAACAAGAUGGCAAUCCAGCAGGCGGAGAAACUGCUUAAGAAACAUAAAGAACUGCACUGCGCCAAGGUUCUCAAAGCAAUUGGGUUACAACGAACUGGCAAGCAGGAAGAGGCAUUUGUGCUUGCCCAAGAGGUAGCAGCUCUGGAGCCUACUGAUGACAACUCCUUGCAGGCACUUACAAUCUUGUACAGGGAAAUGCACAGACCGGAACUGGUUACUAAAUUGUAUGAGGCUGCUGUAAGAAAAGUCCCGAGCAGUGAAGAAUAUCAUUCUCACCUUUUUAUGGCGUAUGCCAGAGUUGGAGAAUACAAGAAGAUGCAGCAGGCUGGGAUGGCACUUUACAAGAUAGUUCCGAAAAACCCUUAUUAUUUCUGGUCUGUGAUGAGUUUAAUUAUGCAGUCUAUUUCAGCACAAGAUGAAAAGCUUUCCAAAACAAUGUUUUUGCCUCUGGCUGAAAGAAUGGUUGAAAAAAUGGUAAAGGAGGAUAAGAUUGAAGCAGAGGCUGAGGUUGAAUUGUACUACAUGAUUUUAGAGCGUCUGGGAAAACAUGAGGAAGCCCUAGAGGUUAUCAGAGGAAAACUUGGUGAAAAGUUGACCAGUGAGCUGCAGAGUCGAGAAAACAAGUGCAUGGCCAUGUACAAGAAGCUGAGCCGGUGGCCUGAAUGCAAUGCACUCUCCAAAAGGCUUCUGUUACUAAACUCAGAUGACUGGCAGUUUUAUCUUUCCUACUUUGAUUCUGUGUUUCACCUUAUUGAUGAAAAUUGGACACCACCAGCAGAAAGCCCAAUGUCAUUGGAAGGAAAUCUUGAUCACACUAUAGAACAGGCAGUUCAAUUUAUAGAAGAUCAGAUAGCAGCAGAUUCGAAGAAUCUUCGCCCUCUUCGAGGGCCAUAUUUGGCCAAACUUGAGCUGAUUCAACGGCUGAGACAGAGGGGGUGUAACGAUGAAUACAAGCUGGGCGAGCCAGAGGAUCUGAUGGUUCAGUAUUUCCUGAAGUUCGGGGACAAACCUUGUUGUUUCACUGAUCUUAAGGUUUUUGUGGAUCUUCUUUCUUCCAGUCAGCACUCAAGUUUUAUAAACAGAUUGCUGGGGUCGCUGCCUCUGACUCCUCCAGCAGAGGGCGAUGUUGCAUUACCGACAGACCUCAAGGCUAUGCACAGACAUCUUUGCGUGCUUCAGCUCUCCAGACUGCUUGGCCUCAGCUACAAGAUGGAAAAGGCACAGAAGCAGGAUGCAAUAAGAGAAGUUAUUUUAAGAUACAGACACGGUCUACAGUUUGGAAAAUCAUGCCUGAAGACAGAGCUACAAUCUUCCGACUACUACUGUUUAAUAGGAGCGCACAUAAUGCUGGAUCUGUGGACUGAUGGUGAGGACUGGGCUGUGUGGCAAAGUCUCGCCCUUUUGGAAGAAGGUUUGCAUAACAGCCCUUCAAAUGCCCAGUUUAAACUACUGCUUAUUCGCAUCUACUGCGCACUGGGUGCAUUUGAGCCAGCGGUGGAGCUGUAUGCCAGUCUUGAUGCUAAACACGUACAGCACGACACAAUUGGUUAUUUGCUGACUCGUUUUGCAGCACCCUUGGGUCACUACACUGCUGCGUCACACUCUUGCAAUGCCGCUCUUAGAUUUUUCCAUUCUAACCAGAAAGAUACCUCAGAAUAUAUUAUACAAGCCUACAAAUAUGGAGCCUUUGAAAAAAUUCCAGAAUUCAUUGGAUUUAGAAACCGGUUGAACAAUUCACUUCAUUUUGCACAAGUUCGUACGGAACGAAUGUUACUGGACCUCUUACUUGACGCUAAUAUUUCCACUAGCCUAGAAGAAAAUAUAAAGUCCAUGAGUCUGAACCCAGAGGAGGAUGACAUUCCAUGGCAAGAACUUCGAGACAACAGGGACCUGACUGUGCUUUUUAACUGGGAUUCAAAAGACAGAGACAUGUCAGAAGAAUAUAGGCAGCUGUCAUUGGAGGAAGAGCGGAUUUGGCUGCUCAUCCGAUCACUGACCUUAAGGUUAGUUAGUGGAUUGCCUACUCUUAAUCAUACAAGUGAACCGAAGAAUUCAGGGAAGACUACGGAGAAUGGAGUCUCAUCCAAGAUUGACACUGUCCGAGCUUUGUUACGACAGUAUGAAGAGUCAUUGGAUUCAGCGAAACAAUUUAAUGAGAAGAUGAUUAAGUAUCCUUUUCUUGGAGCACCAUCAUCUCGGCUUGCAGGGUUCUUAGGGAGUGGCAGCUGUCAGUGUCAGAAAGGGGCUUUCCUACUGGUGAAUGAUAUUUAUGAGCUGGACACAUGCGGAAUCGAUGAUAGUUGUGAAGUCCAAGGAAAAAUUGGGAACAGAUUGAAAUCUUCUCUAGGCCAUUUGCAAGAUCUUUUCCACCAAUGUAAAGGAGAACUACUAAGCAUUCAAGAUGGUCACUGUAAGGUCUCCCCACAUAUUGUCGAGAACUUGGUCUUCUUUGUUGAGGCUAUUUCAAUCGUUCUCUGGGUAUCCGGAUAUUUUGCUGGUGUCCUCAGGCCAUUCAAAUCAAAUCUUCAAAAAAAGAAAAAGAAGAAAAAGGACUGUGCCACCCCUCCAGUAUUCACUGGCUUUCAGGACUACGUUACUGGGCUGCAAACUUUGCUAACAAAUGUGACAGACCAUAUAAGGGAGUUAGAGACCUCAAUGGUAGCACUGAAAAUCGAAGAUCUCUCCCUGAAUAAUGUCAAUUUUACAGAGGAAGAAAAGAAGUUUACAAAGCUGGCAUCGGACAAAGUUCAGAACAGCUACGUGCACUCAUUGCAAGAGAUUGGCGAUCUCCUGCGGAAGAGACUCGAAACAAUUAAGAAACUGAAACUCUAGAAUGUGAAUAAGAACUGUAUGGCUUUAGAUGCAUUGAGCUUCUGGCAGUCAUCGUAAUCCAGAACUUCCCAAGAACAUGCAUGAAGGACUUCAACAAUCAGAUUUUUUUUUUUAAGUCUUGAAUUAAAUUUGUACAACUGAUUUAAAUUAUUGUACAUACAGCAGGAGCCACGCCCUGCACUUGACCACUUUUUCUACAUGUUCAUGAACUUUUUCACACCCUUUGCUCUUCAUGCAACUUUGGAAACUGUCCAUGCAGCAAUAGUAAUUGGCUCAAUAUCAAAUUGUUAUCCCUUUCAGUAGAUAAAUUUUAUUUAUAUAUAUAUAUAUAUAUUGUUUUUCUUUUUGGAUGCUUUAUGGAGUCUUUCUUCCUUCUAUUUAUCUUUUACGCCACGUCUUUCUUACCCUAAACAUGAACUGUAUGUUUUGCAAUGGCCCCUUCUUCCCUUCCUAGUAGAUGUUUUAAAUUAUGACAUGGUGUCUCAAGAGCUUAAACAUUUAGAUUUUUAGUUUCUAAGUCAAUGACCAGACCAUUGAAAAGAUGAUAUACUUAGCAGCUGAGCUGAGAAUGCCAACUAUGGGACUGAGACAUACGGUGACUACCCUCCAUGCCACAUACUUGGUACUCUAGGACAUCUUAGUAGCCAUUUUAAAGAUUGGAUGCCACUCCUGCCCCAUUACAAUACUACACCUAGGUGGUUAUGCUUAAACUAUUACCAGCUUGAAGUUGGUUCCAGUUUGAUCGAGCUGUCAACUAAACAAGCAUCCAGGUGCUUCAAAAUAAACCUGUGUACCUUUGCUUUCUACGGCAGAAGACAUUUUCACCAUUCUUCAGGAUCUGAAGUGGCUAGCUUCAUUUUGCUAAAGAUAUUACAUUUUGUAUGCUUAUUUAUGCAACCCUGUCACCAUCCGAGCGCUGGUGUGUAUUUAUAUAAAUUCUAUAUGUGCGUAUGUAUAUUUGUAUAGUAUAUAAUUAUGUACAUACACAUAUGCAUACAGGCGAACAUGUAUGUAAUAAAAUGCUAAAGUCAGCCCUACAUGCAGAUGAAUUAACCAGCAUGACAGGAAUACUUUUUUUUUUAUUUGGGUUGCCGGGUGAGUUACAAAUCUUUUACCUGACUGUUUUCACAAGCUGUAUGUAAGGGUCCGAGAGCCUGACAAUCGGGACAUUGUCAUAUUACAAACACAUUUUGUUAGUGACGCUAGGUGGUUGAUGAGAGUAUUUUUAAAAUAAAUCCCUAUGUAAUAAG